AUGGAUUUCUCUAAGCCCACAGCAAGUGAAGCCUCCAUGGAACUUGGGCCAGGGUUUAAGUUUAAACCCACUGAAGAGGAGAUCGUGAUGCGCUACCUUCGUCCACGUGCGGUGAAUGAACCACUCCCCUCAACAUUCAUUGUUGAUGUGGAUAUCCUAAGCCGCAACCCUUGGGACCUAGUACCAGAGGGAUCUGUGGAGAAAUACUUCUUUUGUCAAAGAGUACAAAGAUGGACACAUGGAAACCGGUACAAUCGUGCAGCAGGUGAUGGACACUGGAGGGCAUCGGGUAAAGAUGUGCCCAUCUUUAGCAUUAUCAUCAAUGGUGGAAUACCUUUGAUGGUUGGGCUAAAGAAAACACUGGUGUUCUACCUUGGCAAGGCAGGAGCUGGUGAGAAUACAGAAUGGGUCAUGCAAGAAUAUAGCCUUGUUCAAGCCGGCCUCACACCCUAUCCUGUGAUUGGGCCCAAUGGAACCAAUAACUUAGGAGAACACAGUCUUGAUGCAGUGGCAAUCACAAAGAAAAAGGAUAAUCUCUCUGAAGCUCUCUGCAAUGCUACUACAAGUGUGCCCGAGGUUGUUCCUGUCAUGAUUAAUCCAGAUGACUCCUGGGUUGUCUGUCACAUCUACAAGAAGAAGAAGCGUGCACCACAUGCCAUUGCCCAACGUUACAAUCUUGCAGAUGGAGGGCAGGUCCGCUUCUUCAACUUCCUUGGGCAGGGUAAUUCAGAUGGAACUUCUAGCUCAGGCAGCCGCGCCGACAUACCAAUAGAGAAGGCAAAGGAUAAUAAUGAAGGUGGGUGCGGAACCAACGACAAAGAUGAUAUAAAUGAGGCAGGGAAGUAA